AUGUCAACAGAUAAUUCAGUUACUUCUGUGGUCAAAGAUAUUGAACAAUAUGAAGUUGCAAAAAAAAAGGCAGAGGAAAUAUUAAAAAAAGAUCCAUUAGCUGUAAUCCCUAUUGAUAUGUAUGGAACUGUUGAAACUGAGGAUCCAUUUGAUAUUAUUGAAUUUUUUACACCAACAAUCGACGACAUUGAAGUAGUAGCCUCUAAAUUAAUCGAAUCCAUACCAAUUGUUGGAGAUGUAUUAGGAGUUGUUUUUCAAUUAUUUUGGCAAAGAGCAACUGAUGAGGACAAACAAAAAAAAAAAGAAUUGGAAGAAAGAUUGGCAGAAUUUAAAAAAGAAAUGAUUGAAAUAAUUGAUAAAAAGAUUGAAGCAUCAGAAAUUGAACAAUGGAAAAGAAAUUGUCAAUCACUUGUUGAUGGAUUGGCUUCAACAUUAGAAACAUUAAAAGAUGCAUUGGAAAGAUUACGUUAUCAAUUAGUCAAUGGUGAAAAUGUUGAUCCAGUUUCAAGAGAAUCAAUUCGUACAAAAAUUGAUAUACUUAGAAAUGAUAUAAAAAAAGUUUACAUUUUUACAAGUGACCCAAAAUUUGUAAAAUCCACAAUUCCACAUUUCUUAGAAGCAAUCUUUUUAUAUAUCUUUUUAAUUAGAUCAAUCGAUUAUUUUUGGUAUCAAUGGGGAAUUCCAGAAAUUGAAGUAGUUGGUAGACCUGCAACUGAUAAAUCAAAGAGAUUAAAAUCAUUGAGAGAGAAAUUACAUGAAAAAAUUAUUGAUGGUUUAUCUAUUAUUACCGAGAAUUGUCAAGAUGCAGAUAUGUUGAAAAAUGCUCAUUUAAUUUUAAAAAAUGAUUUAGUAUUGUAUCCAGUUCCUUUGAUUGUUGGCACACCAAUUAAAGCAAAAGAUCAAUUGAAAGAAAAAAUUCAUGAACUUGAUUAUAGUUAUGUACCAGAGAUUACAAUUCCUGAACAUUCAAUACCAUUUAUCUAUCGUAUGGAUGCAUCUUGUUUAAGACAAGAUCCAAAAUCUCAAAAUAUCUCUUCGAUGAAACGUGAUUUUAAGUAUGAACCAAUCUCUGGUUGUCAUGGUCAAUACCUAUCUGGUGAAUUAUUAUUAAAAGUUAAUUUCCCAGAUUCAUUAAAAGGUAAAAAAGUUAUGAUUAGAUUAUUAUCAAUGCAUGAUUCAAAGUAUGAAGGUAAUAUAAAUAUUUCAUUUGGUAAAGAAAUUGAACAGAUUCCAAUGAUUAAAGAAAAAAUUUCAAUUUUUAGAAAAAAGGACCUUUUUUCCAGGGUUGUUAAAAAAGUAAGUGGAAUGACUUACUCUAAGAAAUUCAAAAUUAACAAUUCCCAAAAUUUGAGUAUACAUCAUAACUUAAGACCAGUUAAGAGAUCUGACACUACUAUUCUUGACCAUCUUUUGGGUAAAGUUUUAUUUGUAGAGUUUGUCAUUUCCCCUUAA